CGGGUAUCCAAAAGAUAUUUCAUUCACUUGCAGGACUUGGUACGGUAUAUUUCAUGAAUGAUCAAAUCCGAGAGAUGCAAACUCAGCAACGAAUGGGGGAGGCUCCUUCCGGUCAAUCGCGUCAGACCGGUCAGCGGCAGCCCCCUUCUGGUCGGUCGACGCCGCGGAGCACGCUGAGAAAGAGUGGCGAUGAGGGAAGUCCGCUCCCCGAAAGCGCUUGUGUUAACAUAGGCCCUAAAGUAGAAAAAGAUGACUUGCAGGGGAUAUCAGAAAUACGGAAUCUUCCAAAAGAAACUAAGAAAAAGGAAAACAAGUCCUCCGUCUUCGAUGUCAUAUUUUUUAAAAAUGUGCAGAGUUGUGCUCUUUAUUGUUUUGACGCUAUUGCUGCUUUCGUGCGGCAUACUGCACAAGCUUUACUUCUUGACCCUUCUGAAUAAUCUCUCUGAGAAACUGCAUGCUCCAGUCCAUAGCGAUUUGUCGAAAGUUGAAAACAAGAAAAGUCAAGCAAUUUCAAUUCUCGUGUGCAUUGCAUUUGUUGAAUUCUGCACAUCUCUUGUUACUCUUUGGAGAGUUGUUUUCCAAGAUCAGAAGACUAAUUGGACAGACAACACUUAGUGACAGCUAUCCAGCAGGCCGUGAGCACUAUUGGAGAGGUAUAUUUGAUCAUCUAUGCCCUUCCAUUACUGGGCAGUUUGAGGACAUGUUUAGUUGUAACAGUUCUACCACUUAUGUCAAGCAUAUGCAAGUUCGUGAGCACAAUUGGUCGGCUCAGGGUCAAGCGAUGUAUUAGAAAAGGUUCUUUACUCAAACUUUGUGUAGCGGGUUUCCCGGUUUUGGCACUGGCAGGGAGUGUUUUCUUAUUCAUGAAUGGGCUAAUACCAUUUGACAGAGACUUGCACCUAAAAUGGGCGUUACCAACUCUUUAAAUGUGUAAGUCAGUAUGCUAUUUGGAUAAUUUUCUUUGCUGAAGAAGAACUGCAAAUGUUCCAAAACAAACAACAGGUGAACCAGAUUCCCAUUCGGAGACAAGUGAAUCUAAAAUAGAAGAAAAACAGUACAAGACAGAACAUAAACAAGAAUUUAUUCAAUUAACUGUUCGUUGGUUAAUAUGUUUAUUGUUUAUCAUUUCGAUAGUGUUGAAUUUAAAUAUAAAACUAAUAGGAAUAGUCGACAAACAGAAAAAUUCUGAAUCAUCUCUGACAAACGAGAACAUCGAAUCUUUAGCGUACAAUUCAACAACAAAUUCCACACUCGUACCACAACAGGAGAAUGGAAAUGUGACAUUAGAUUCUACGAAUGCUUUUUACCCAACAAUUUUCAAACAAUUGAUGGAGUUGCUGUUGUUAGUCUUUCGUGCAAUAACUUUCCUGAGAGUUUCGAGCACAUGGCCGGAAUAAGCCUGACAUGUUUUAUAUCUGAAACAAUGAAAUUGAGUUUUUCAUCGCUUGUUGGGCUUUGGCUUGGAUUGCUGUUAUCACCUUAACGUGGUACAUUUGGGUUCCUCGGGUCGAGGGAAUGGCAAAACUGGAGAGGUUGUUUUCCGGCAGUUUUUACCAUUUCUUCUUCCCUGAUUUGAAUAUGUUCCUUCAAAGGAGAAAUGACCAUCAAAUUGGAGCAACACACAAACAAUGUACAAUCGAGUGACGUUCCAAAAGUUAUUAUCUGCGUAACAAUGUGGCACGAAACAUGCCAAGAAAUGUGUCAGCUUCUAAAGUCUAUUUGCAGAUUAGAUCUGCAUUUAUCAAUUCGAGAGGAAGCUGACACUGUAGGAGAGGACGGAAUCGGGACAGAAGACGGAAAACAAAACGCUGAAAAGAAAACACAAGACCCUGAUAAAAUUCAAAUUGAGGUUCAAAUAGUAUUUGAAGAUGCAUUUUGCUCAACAAAAAACGGUCGUGAGGUUAAUGAAUAUCUGCUCCAGUUUAUGUCAUGUUUGCAAAAGGCUGUUGGAUCCGUGUUGAAAGUCAAGGAGCUCGUGAAGUGGAAUAAAACAUUCCAAAGGAAAGUGGUUCAGACCCCUUAUGGUGGACAAUUCGUUCUACAACUCCCAGGCGGUACACAAAUGACGGUGCAUUUGAAGGAUAAGAAAAAGAUAAGGGCCCGAAAACGAUGGUCGCAGGUGAUGUAUAUGUACUAUUGUUUGUUGUACAAAAUGGGAAAGACCUAUCCAGAUACAAUUAAAGACGAGCUGAAAAAGACAUUCAUUCUAACCCUUGACGAUGAUGUAGACUUUGAACCGAAGUCAGUUCUACGAAUGAUGGAUCGAAUGAAGAUGAACAACCGUGUCGAAGCAGUUUGUGGCAGGAUUCACCCAAUAGGAUCAUGUCCAAUGGUGUGGUACCAACAAUUCGAAUAUGCAGUCGGCCACUGGCUUCAAAAGGCAUGCGAACAUAUCUUCGGUUCUGUGCUAUGUUGCCCUGGAUGCUUUUCUAUCUUUCGAGCUUCUGCCCUAGUUGACGAUAACGUACACUAAAGAGCCA